AGGACUUGGUACCAAUCACGUCCUUGUCGACCAAAAUCUGUGAUUCCCAUCAUUUGACAUUAAAAUGCUCUCCUCUGCUCUCCGGUCUUUCUCCACGCUACCAUCCACUUCCAGGCAUCUCCGCCUCCGCCGUUUGAACCCUUCUCCCUCUUUCCGACCAUUCUCCGUCAACAUGUCCGCUCACACUCAACCAAUCGAGCACGUCGUCCUCUUCAAGGUCAAAGACGGCCUCGAUUCCUCCAAGGUAAACGACAUGCUCACCGGCCUCAAUGGCCUCAUCUCCCUCGACCAAGUCCUCCAUAUCACCGCCGGCCCUAUUCUCCGCAACCGCUCCUCCUCCUCCACCUUCACUCACCUCCUUCACAGCCGCUACUCCUCCAAGGAGGAUCUCUCCAUCUACUCCGCCCACCCCGCCCACACGAACGUCGUCAAGCAAUUUGUUCUUCCCAUCUGCGACGACAUCAUGGCCGUCGAUUGGGUCGCCGAUGCUUUGAAAGGUCCCAUCGUCGCACCUUCUGGCUCUGCCCUUAGACUCACCUUCCUCAAACUCAAGGAGAAUCUGGGCGAAGAAGUUAAGAGCGAGAUCUUGGAGGUCAUCGCUGGGCUGAGGGAGAAAUUGGGGCCCAAUGUCCAGCUGACGGUGGGCGAGAACUUUUCCCCGGCCAGAGCCAAGGGGUUCUCAAUUGCAUCGAUUGCAAUCUUCCCGGGGCCGAAUGAGUUGGAGGCGGCGGUUUCAGACCAAGAAAUGGUGGAAUUGCAGAAAGAGAAGGUAAGGGAGCAUUUGGAGAGUGUAAUUGUGGUGGAUUACGUGGUUCCGCAAACGGCGAGUCUCUAAUUCCAUCUAUGAUUUUUGCUACAAAUUCCUGAUGAACAAUGUCGUCGCGAGUGUUGAGAUUGAAUAAAUGUGCCCACCGUUUAUGUAUGAAUGGCAGACGCACUUCUGAUGUUUUCGAGUUUC